AAAGCGUGUUCGUCACAAAGAUUUUGUACCGGAACUAUAGUUCUAGAGACGGGACAACACGGAGACAAAUAACAGCGGACCAACGUGUUUCCUGCUGUCUUGCAACCCGAAGAUCAUCGUAAAAUCUGGCUAUUUCAAACUGAGCAGAGAUGCUCUCAGUCAUAUUAGGAAGAAGCACCCUUACAACCCACAGGGUGUUGCAGCGUGCAGCCUCUCUACAGCGAUGCUGGUUACCAGUUCUGAAUGUAUCUUCUGACAGAUCCGUUCCCUUCAGCUGCACCUCUUCAAACACAUGUCCAUUUACUGCUGGACAAGUCCAAAAAUUUCUUCCGGUCGCUGAUUUACGGAGGUCUGAGCUCCUUCAGAAGACCUUUAAUCAUCUUUUGUCUGCGAGGAUCCAGCGCUUUCACUCUUCAUCUCAGAGGCUGAAAAAGCGAGCAAAGCCUGAGCCUCCACCUCGAGAGCUGGACCUGCUGCGCUACGACAUGAAGCAACUGUGGAAUGCUCCUAAACCUGCACUUUACCUAGGGUUCGCAGGCCUCAUCCCAUUCGUGUCACCCACUCUGUUUAUGGCUGUGACUGAGACCUAUUGUCCCCAGCUGGCCUACGUGCAGCUCGCCUAUGCUGCAUCCAUCGUCUCCUUCUUGGGUGGUGCCCGUUGGGGAUUUGCUCUUCCUGAGAGCAGCCCAGCCAAACCUGACUGGAUAAAUCUGUCCAACAGUGUGGUCCCUUCUCUGCUCGCCUGUGUGACGAUGCUGAUGAGUGACAGCAUUGUUCCUGCAGUCACCAUGAUCAUCAUGGGACUUGGAAUUGCACUGCAUUAUGAUCUCGCUCUGCUUCCAACGUAUCCCAGCUGGUUCAAAGCCCUGCGUGCCAUCUUGACAAUCGUGGCAUUUUUCUCUCUCCUCGGCACUCUGAUAAUGAACAGUUUAUACUCAGAAAAAAAUCUUUUCUAACAUAUGAAUUUUGUAUUUUGCUUGAUAGUCAUGGAUCUUCAGAUUAUACAUUUAUUAUAAUAUUAUUUUUAAUUUCUGUUUGAAAAAACAGCAGAUUGUGUGUAUUGUUAUUUUAAAUAAAGCCACUAGAGGUCGCCAGUUUCCACAACUCAUUGAUUUUUCCUUAAAUUUCCUCAAUUUGACACCAAUCAGGAUUUAAUGAAUAUCAUUAAUGGAGCUUGGAUAGUUAUAUUUAUUGAAUAGAUAAUAAAGCAUGUCAGGCUAAAGAAAUUGGUUCAGGAAAAAAUAAAUAAACCGGCUGUUGAAUUUCUGAACAAAAACGAUUUUUUUUUCUUUUUCUCAAACUGUUUAAACCUUAACUGAUGUGGUACUUAUUUUAGUUUUUUUUUAAGCUACAGAUUUAAUUCAUCCUUUUACAUGACAGUAAACAGUUGCCUUAAGUAGGAAACUGCUAGUUGUUCCUAAUAAGGUUAUUGCAUAACAUGUAAAGUAGUGUAAUCUGUUCUUAAAGCAACAUCACGCCACCAUUCAAGCCUUCUGGAAACUCUUAGACAAAUAGUGAUAAAAAAAUAAUAAUAAUAAUAAAAUACAUAUGUAAUAAUUGAUAAGAAAAAAGUCUCACAAGUUCAGUUCAAUAUAAGAGGUUUUAUUUAUGUAAACAAUUGAUUCUAUAAUUCAUAUAUUGGAAAAAAAAGGCAAAAGAAAAAGAUGGAUGGAGCAGUCCAGAGAUGUCUGAGAGCGGCACGUAAGGCACGUUUCUUUCCCCCAAACAGGCUCAGUUUAGAGGUUUGCUAAUAACUCAAAGACUAUGGUGAAGUCUUUCUGCAACCGAAGUGUUCUUUUACACAAUAUGAAAAAUACAGUAUUGCACUUCAACGCUGUCUCAGAUUUCUCCAUUUUACGCCUCCCAGUGGACGCAGGACAUCUUGCAUAGAGGGUGCUAGUAUUAUAAAAUAAAAGUGACUGCUUUGCUAGUGAUUACUGGCUUCCAAACAGGAAGAAAACUGGUCCAACAAGGUGCAUUUUCUUUUUUUGCUUUGGAUUAGAAGUAAAUGUGACAGAUGUCUGUCACUGGAUUCUGAGAAAAAAAAAAUUAACCAAAAAAAAA